UCUCUUCUUGCUGGUACCCACACGCACACAUACACCGAGAGCCAGGCUCACCCACAUCUCUUUCUCUCCCCCUGGCUUCCCGGGAAGAUUUUGCCGGCUGUUUUUCAUGGAGAAAGGCCAAGGAGAAAUGGAGAUUGAGAGAUGGGAAAGAAGCGAAGAGCUGUCAGAUGCGGAGAAAAAGGUGAUUCAGGAGACAUGGAGCAGAGUGUACGCGAACUGCGAGGACGUUGGGGUCUCCAUACUGAUCAGGUUUUUUGUCAACUUCCCAUCUGCCAAGCAGUACUUCAGCCAAUUCAAACACAUGGAGGAUCCGCUAGAGAUGGAGAGGAGUCUGCAGUUGCGUAAACACGCCAGACGGGUCAUGGGGGCUAUUAACAGUGUGGUGGAGAACAUCUACGAUUCAGAAAAGGUCUCCUCUGUACUGGCCCUGGUGGGCAAGGCACACGCUGUCAAGCACAAAGUGGAACCAGUCUACUUUAAGAUUCUCAUUGGCGUAAUGCUGGAAGUGCUUUCAGAAGAAUAUGCCAAUGAGUUCACUCCAGAGGUGCAAAGAGCUUGGGCCAAGAUGAAAAGCCUCAUCUACACUCAUGUGACCGCCGUGUACAAGGAGGUGGGCUGGGUCCAGUAUCCGAACUCUACGAUGAACCCCCAGGUGACGGCGGUGGCGGCAGCAGCAGAAGCGGCAGCCAAGUGACAGAGCCCCUCCCACAGACCUGAAAAGCUGUUUCUCAGUGAGGAAUAAACUGGCACCGGAUCAUAACACCCAAGAGAACUACAUCUGUCUCCUUUAAUUAUCCUGUGUACAUAUUAGUGAGUGGAAGUGCUUUAUGAUUUCUAUAGCUCAGGCCAGCAAAGCUAUAGAACACUAGACGUGCAUAAGCACUCUCCCCGAAGUAUAAGACAGGCAAAAUUUAAAUCAUGUACACUGUGACGGGGGGAGGGAAUAUCUUUAAUUUCCCCAGGGGGAAAAAUAAACAUUAAAUAGAUCGAGACUGUUAACAUCUCAUUCAUGUUUAUAGCUCUGGAGACUUUGCAAUUUUUGUCUGCCUUGCAGAGCCUGUACCAUCGAGUGCUGCUGAAAUUUCAGUUUGUUUCCAUCUUUUUUACUAAGAUGAGAAUUUAAUGCUCUAGUAUUUGAACUCUGCAAGUACUUUUGUGCGCAUAUGCCACUUUUGAGUAAUUCUAUGCCCACCUUUUAUUCAAAACACUAGAGAUAUGUGCAUAAGUGCUUGCAAGAUCUAGGUCCAAAAUUGUAUCCGCAUGAUUCAUUCCAAGCCAUCUCCUUUUGGGAUCCAUUUGAUCAUAGUAUAUCAUAGCCUAGAUCUGAAAUCUUAAUGAUGGGUCAGAUUCAAGUCUUGUCUGUCAUUUCUGCUUUUCUUUGAUGUUAACUCCUCUAGACUGGAGUUUCUCUGGAAUUAUAUCAACAGUGUUUCCAGCUCUCACUGUUCUGUCGUGAGUCUUGUAUUAUCUAGUGUAUCCUCCCCCUUAAAGAUCCAACUUGAGGAGUCAUGAGACUACAGGAGAGUCUUUCAAGGAGGUUUAGCCAAAGUCUGAAUAGGUAAAAGGAGUGCAAUCAAAAACCAAAUGAAUCUAUUGAAAGAAUAUGUCAAUGUAUGUAUUUCCAGAUAUGUUAUGACGCCUAAAA